GCUGUCAGUGGUCACAUGACCCGGAAAAUGUGGGGCUUAAUUCCUGUGUUGGACUGCUCCCAGCUGCUGAAGCUCUGCCCUUCGCAGUGCAAACCCUACAUCUGCCCCAUCACGACCCCCGCGACCCGGCUGAGCUCUCCUCACGGCACCAUGGCAGACGAGGCUUUUGUGACGCUGGCGACCAACGACAGCUACGCCAAGGGAGCGAUGGUUCUUGGCCAGUCGUUACGAAACCACAACACUACCAGGAAACUGGUCGCUCUGGUUGGACCUCACGUUGCAGAACCGUGCAGAGAUGCUCUCCGCUCCAUAUUUGACGAGGUGCGCGUGGUGGACGUUAUGGACUCGGGCGAUUCGGCUCACCUGUCCCUCAUGAAGCGUCCGGAUCUGGGAGUGACGUUCACCAAACUGCACUGCUGGACUCUCACACACUACAGCAAGUGUGUGUUCAUGGACGCAGACACACUGGUUCUGUCAAAUAUAGAUGAACUCUUUGAGAGGGAGGAACUAUCAGCAGCGCCAGAUCCAGGUUGGCCGGACUGUUUCAACUCAGGUGUGUUCGUCUUCAGACCGUCCAACGAGACGCACGAGAAGCUGCUCCAGUUCUGCAGUGAAAACGGCAGCUUUGACGGUGGAGAUCAGGGGGUCCUCAACAGCUUCUUUAACACCUGGGCGACGGCAGAUAUUUCCAAACACCUUCCCUUCAUCUACAACCUCAGCAGUAUCGCCAUUUACUCCUACCUACCAGCUUUCAAACAGUACGGCCGUGACGCCAAAGUCGUGCACUUCCUGGGCAAGGUGAAGCCGUGGAGUCACUCCUACGACGCUCAGAGCGGCGAGGUCAGAGGUCACUCGCUGUCCCCCGACCAGUGGCAGCUGCACCCCGACUACCUGCUCAUGUGGUGGCAGCUGUACGCCAAGUCGGUGCUGCCUCUGCUGCAGCGGGCCUACGGGGACACUCCCUUCAGCAGCGGCUGCGUGGAGGCGAGCGAGGACAGUAAGCUUGAAGAGGAUGUGAAGGGGCAGCCGACACAUUUCUCCCCGCCUCCCCAGAAGUUUUCAUCAGAGGAGAGGAAGCAGCGCUGGGAAGCGGGCCAGAUCGACUACUUGGGCGACGACUCCUUCGCCAACAUUGAGCGAAAGCUCGACUCCUUCUUAAAGUAGCGGGCGAGGAAGCGUGAUGGACAGAGAGAGCACCAGCGGAAGCUGCGUGUGGGUGGAGAUUUAACCACUGCUCAGCCAAUCACGGGGGGCUCGAUUAGCCUCUGUGCAGCGUUCAGCCUCACUCUCUGCAACCUGUCAGUGUGUUUUUGAUUGACAGAGAGUCUAACACUGUUCCCACACACUCUAAUCAUUCAUUUUUCUUCAACAUUUUGGGAAAGUACAGUCAUUUGCUUUCUUGCUGAGAGUUAGGAAAAGAAGAUUGAUACAAUUAAUUCGUAUAUAUGGUCUUUACCAGGGCAGAUAUUUUAUUAUUCCAGAGAGACAGUAGACAUUUGUGACAAACACUGUUGCAUGCCUCUGCAACAGUGACAGCAGUGGCCAGAGGUGUAAUGUUUUCGAACUGUCCGUCCAUCAGUAUGUCCGUCCAUACGCUUGUCCGUCCGAUAUCUGUGAAUGUGCAAUAUGAGAACGCCUUGAGGUCAUUUCUUCAGAUUUGGCACAAAUGUCUACUUGGACUCAAGGAUGAACUGAUGGUCACUGUGACCUCACAAUUCAUAUGAUAAUUAUCACAAAACUGCACAGAUGGCUAAUAAGAUAAAAGGAUGUCCCAAAGUUCAAAGGUGAUAAAGGUAAUAUUAGCUAGGAGCAGCUGUUAACUGGCUAGCUUGUGGCCGCUUCUGCCACAUAAAAUCAUGAUAUGGCAGCAGCCCUUAUUCAGAAAGAGCCGACCCAGCUCAGCCAUUUUACCCAUCUCGCCUCAGUGUCAGGCUGUAGCUUCACCAUGUGGACACGAGAGGUGUGAUCUUUUCAUCCGACUCACUGGAAGAAAGUGAAACGUUACUUUCCAAAAAUGCCAGACUAUUCCUUAAACGCACAGUAUGUAAUUUCUGCCGCUUUGGGGGGCGUCUCUCAGUCACAACAAUCACUAAAGAUGUAGUUCGAUGACGGGGCGAAGCCUCAUGGGAUCAUAGCGAGAUAGUUAGCUGACCUCCUUCCUCACUGUCUGACGUAUCAUGUAGUGUUUCCAGUGUUUCCCUUGAAGAUGGAGAAACCACAGAGGGCGACAUGCGACUGAAUGAAACACAUCGUCACCUUGAUAACAAUUUCGGAUUUUUGGAACCAUUUGGAAUAAUGUUCAGUCCACAACUCAGUCAAACAGUUGUUUCAUUCACUAUAUCUACUCAUUUUAAUGUGGAAAUGUUACAUAUUAUGCCUUUUAAGUGUUCUUUUUGCAUCCGAUGGAGAUGGAUUUGGUCUUCCUAACCCGUGGAAACUUUCAACGGCAAACACAAACUGAGGAAAAGGCCCGUGGGCAAAGGGGAAAUCAAUAGAUUUAAAAGUUGUGUCCUGCAAUAAACCACUUUCGAGCAGAUAUGCAGUAACUGGCUCACUUCCAGCGUACAGUCCCACGCUCCGGCCCGCUUUAAUCAGACAGUGUUCACCUCACCUGAGUACAUAGAUAAACAUCCCCCUAUCUGUGCCUCUGACACUCAUCACCAGCUCCCUGUGACUUCAGCUUUGUAAUGUCUGGUACUUUGUUGUGUCGUAUUUGCAUGGCACAGACUUCAUACAUGGGUCCGAAAAGUCCGACCACAUCCUAAAGUGAUGUCGAUAAGUCAGUUUGUACGUGAUCGUGUGCUCCCCAGACAUUCUAUCUGUACGCCUGCCCCGCAUGUUGCGUCCCCGCCAGACCCCACGUCAGUAUAUCUUUGUGCCAUGAUCAGUUUCAUCACUUCCUGUCUGUAGUGUUACCAGCUGCCUUAUUGCCGUUUACUGUUUACAACAACCUCACUUACUGUAACUGCUGCUAGUAGCACAGUAAAAUUUGCUCGGUCCUCCUCCUCCUUGUUACUAAUACCUCCUCUGCUUCACUCCAGCUGUGUGCCCUUAAACUGAACUGUAAUCUUUAGCUCCCAGCAGUAAAAUAAUAUUAGCUCACCUCACUCCAUUCAGCACACUCCUGCAAGAGCCUGGCAAAGUUGAGUUUCUUAAUCUUGUCAGCCCGCAAAAUCCUGAAUAUGCAUAAGUGUGGAGGUGGAAUUUAAUUGUAGUGACAACGGGUAAUUCAGGUCCGACCUGUUACCCAGCUGUUAACUGUUCAUCCCUGUUGAAGUGCUAAUAAAGAACAGGUGAAAAAAAAACACCUUUUAUCCAU